AAGCGUGAGAGAAAGAGAGAGAGAAUAAGAAGCAAAGAGCUGUGGUGCUUUAUAUACAAGUGGAUGAGAGUGAGCGCGUAUCUCAGUCCGCUUCAUCUCCAACGAAUAUUAACACAAAAUGAGUGUAGCAAUAGUCGUAGUGUAGCGAAGUGGUGUGACCUCUCCUCCUCCUCGCCUAAAAAGUCUUCUUGCAGUUAUUUUGACCCUUUUCACUCAGGGAGCCAGCAUGCACUGUCAAGCCGAGGUGAGGCUUUCAUCCCCCGGUCAGCUGAAGGCUGCCAGGCGACGCUACAAGACCUUCAUGAUCGACGAGAUUCUCUCCAAAGAGGCUUGUGAUUAUUUCGAGAAGUUUUCUCUCUACUCUGUGUGCCCGUCGCUCAUCGUCCGACCGAAACCGCUUCACUCUUGCACGGGGUCGUCGUUGCGUGCCUACCCGCUCCUCUCGGUCAUCACACGGCAGCCUCCAAACCACCUAGGCCACCACCUGCCACACACGCCACCAUCCCCCAGUGGAGUGCCACCCCACCUUCCCCUGCUGUCACCGCAGCACGGCCGAGGCUCCGAGCCGUCGCCCAGCCAAACGCCUCUCAGUAUCAGCAGCGACUCUGAGACCGAACGCAGCACACCCCGCCUGAAAAAGCCCCGUCGCAGCCGCACCAUCUUCACUGAACUGCAGCUGAUGGGUCUGGAGAAGAAGUUCCAGAAGCAGAAGUACUUGUCCACACCUGACAGGUUAGACUUGGCACAGUCUCUUGGUCUCACACAGCUUCAGGUGAAGACAUGGUACCAAAACAGGCGUAUGAAGUGGAAGAAGAUGGUGCUCAAAGGAGGUCAGGAGGCACCAACCAAGCCUAAAGGCAGACCCAAGAAGAACUCAAUUCCCACUACUGAGGAAAUAGAAGCUGAGGAGCGGCGAAUGAAGCAGGAGGAAGAGAAGCUGAGAAAGACAGAAGGAAAUGACACGCCGGCUCACGAGGAAGAAAAGGCGCCUCAGCUGGAUCCCGAAGUGUGUAGCUCUGUGCCAAACGCCGCUCCGCAAAGUCAGAAUGCAGCGAGGGCGACGGAGGGCGAUGAUCGGGCAAUGCCUCUCCUAAUACCCUCAGAGACUCAUGCAGAGAGCUAAGCAACACGAACACAACCAAAGACUCAUACCCGCCUCAAAGCCUGCAAACAAAUUGUGCCUCAGGGUCACUGUAGACAAAGGUGUUGUGCUGUCAGAGGAGCUACACAAAUGUCCGGUAGUGAAAAUACACUCAUUAAAUCAUUCAAUAUAAACAACACUUUUUUUUCCCCCCUUCAUGAUAAAAAAAGAACACAUUUUAUUCCUUUGUAUUUGACCUAAUUCCGUUUAGUCUUUAUUCAUACAGCGCAUUUCACAACAGCUGCUGCUGUAACAAAGUGAUUUACGUAUAACACAAUGAUAUAACCACAAAGACAGUGAAAACAGUCAAUUAAAACUCAAAUAUGGUGGCGAUCCUUCAAUUGAUGGAGCGUGGGAGUAAAAACAAAAGUGUAUAUAAUGUAUUAUUGCUGAGUGUAAAUCCCUAUUUACCCACUAUACUUAGUGGAAGAAUUCUGUCGACGGCUGAACAGAUUGAAAUAUUAACCUAAAAUGUAGCAACUGCAGCACAACAUGAGUUAUGCAUUUGUCUGAUUUAUUGUGCUCCUUUGAGACAGCUUCUGCCCAGUCUAAAUUGACCUUUAGGCUCGGAAAGGUGAACUCGAUGUAAAAGUACAUCUGUUUCUUUUCCCAAUUGCAAUUGUACAAAGUCAUUCAUGAUACUAUCCCAAAUAGGCCUUAACUAGUCACAAGUGAUAUGACGGAAUGAAUUGAUUUAUGUCACCAAUGUUGAUUUCGCCAAGCUGCCUCACGUGAUACAUGUGCCAAAAUGUUAGGAUCUGCCUUACUGUGCUGUAACUAGACUAUGUAGCAUUAUUUCUCAGCCAAAAAAAUCUGAAAUGCUCCAGUGCCUUGUUGGUUUCAGAGGGAAGCAAAUAUAUUUUAGUUACUUUCAAACGUGUCAUUCGAGUUUUUCUUGGAAGAUUUACAGUACAUAUUUGUUAAACAUUAUACCUGCAAAUACUGUAGAAAUGUGUAAAUUAUAAGAUAUAUGGUCCUUUUUAUAUCUAUAUAUACAACAGUAUUUUUAACUGCUGUUUGAAAUUUGGAUUAUUAAAAUAGUUUCUGUCUAGUGUUGCAGCCGCCCGGGAUCUUUUGCCUCUCUUGCGGUGUCACGAUGGCUCCUCUUUCUGCCUCAAAAGCCAUUAGGAACUUUUAAGCUGUCAGAGAUUCUCCAAAGAAAUAAAUCACAGCCUCUUUGCCAAAGAUUCAUUGCAACAUUUAAAGUGUCAGACGUUUUCAGCCUGCAGGCUUUUGCUAUCUUGAACUGUCUGCAACUGACUAUGUUUCAAAUGUUUAUGCUGCCUUGCAAGCAUUUUUGUAGCUUGAUCAUGAAUCCAACACAUGUCUUUGUUUCAUAUGAAAAAUGCAGUAUUUUUCUGAUGUAAAUAAUGCUGAUUUGCUGAGCUCAGUUUUCCUUCUUUCAGGUUUGUGUGUUUAUAGAUUUAAAUACACGUAUUGGAAACCAAUGAAAGUUUCUUUAAUAUUAUUGUGACUGCUUUGAGUUUUCAUAGAUUGAGUUCUGUUUUUACAUUUAAACCUCGUGAAUACUAUUAAAGCAACACCAGGGAUUCA